AUGGCAUUCUCCACGACAGCGUCUGGUCACUCUGUUCUUUUGUACAAAGACGAAGCACAGAAAGAAUUUGUUACAGGAAUACAAUGGCUAGACAAGGCAGUUGAAGUUCUCUGUAAAGCUGAUAUCAAUACAACUACACCGGCGAAGAUUGUGAAAGCAAUUGCCCAGAAUUUGAGUCUCCCAAUACGUCAGGCCCACACACACUUAAACACAGCAUUAAAGUUUUGGGAAGGCGAAAAGGCACGUCAAUGUGAAGAAACUGAGAGACUAAUCUCCUCCAUUAGUAGCUUGAAGAUCAAUGUUUCUGAGAGGAAAAUGAAAGUAGAACAGAUGAAUCAACAACUUCAGGCUCUGAACCAACAAAUUAAAGACAGCGAACAAAAUGUUGAGCAAGCGAAAAAAGCACUCAGUAAUGCCCAGGACACACUUAACGAUGCUGAAAGAGUUUUGAGAGACAAAAGAAGAGAUCAAGCACUUGUAGCAGGCAUAGGAGUUGUAACAACACUAGCAGUUCCCAUAGUCGGUUUGAUUGCCGGGACAACUGCCAUAGUCGGUGGGAUUGUCGGGCCAACCGCGGUGGCGGUAAGCCUUACGGUACUCGAAGAUAACGUCAAAUCUGCCCAAAGUGGCGUGAGCUCUGCUAAAGAUAACGUAAACCAUUUGGAAAACUGGUUGCAGGCAAAAAAAAGCGAGAAAAAUAAUCUUUGCCAACAACUGAAGAGUGAAGAAAAGGAGAAGCAGAUAACAGAGCAGCGAUUACGAGAUCAAGAGCGUCAAUUACAAGAUCUCAAAAUGGCUCAACAAAGGUCCAUCGAACUAAGUGAUAAACUGAUGAGAACGUGCCAUGUAAUGACAAACAUUUGGGGGAAGAACCAAGUACUGAAUAACGAAGCUAGCCGUGCGUACUCCUUGGAACCGUUACUGACACCUAUGAAGGAAAUAGUUGACAUGUUUAGACCUGAGGAACAGAAAGAGAUAAAAGAAGACACUUUUUUACUGUCGAAAGAAAUCGACUUCUCCUCCAUAACGUGGAAACUGAAAGCUGUUUGUGACGCAAACGCUGAUAGUUCAAUCAUGGCAAUUUUGGGUGAAUAUUGCUAA